CUUCCCGGGAGCCCCGCUCGCUCCCCCGAAAGUGACAAACCGCCGGAGCCGGGGACUCGCUCCUGCCCCCCGGCCCGGAGACAUGGGAGCGCCCCGCACCUGGGCGCGGUGGGCUGCGCUCUGCUGCGCGCUGCUUUGCGCGCCCUGGCUGCCUCUCGGCUGGGCAGGAGAGUGCAAACAGCUGGAGCCCUGUGAGAGGUGCAUUGAAGGAGACGCUUCCCGGAACAUCACCGGCUGCGUGUGGACGCGCUGCGGAGCCGCGGAGGAGCCAGGGCCCGGGGGCUGCAUUGGGAAGGGAGAAGCCACCAAGGAGACGUGCUCUGUCUACAAUGUCACUGCUACCUGUCCAGCGCGGAGAUCGCCUACCAAGGAGCCUCCGCGCGCAUCCACCAAGGAGACUCAGCGAGCGUCCACCAAGGAGCCUGAGAUCCUCACCCCAGGGACGACGGCCGGCCCCCCGCGGACCGCCACCUCCGAGUUCCGCCCGCCUGGCUUCGACUCGGCCAGCUUCGUGGGGGGGAUCGUCCUCGUGCUGAGCGUCCAGGCCGUCUUCUACUUCAUCGUCAAGUUCCUCAAGUCCAAGGACAGCACCUACCAGACGCUGAUCUGACGGCCGCUGCCCAGGGCGGGGCGGUGAAGUGGUUUCCUGUGGGAGGAGGAAUGGACGACGAGGCGGCCGGUGCCCCGGCUGCCCUGCUUGCUCUCGCCCGCGCCCCCCUCCCUCCUUGCUGGGGCAGGAGAGCUGGGCGCCGCGGAGCUAUGCAAAGCGCUACCAGGCCGGGUCCUCCGGGCUCGGAGCCGUGUCGUGUCCAUUAGACUCGCCACGGGGAGGGCUGGCCCCAGAGCCCCGGGGCCACACGCGCUCCAGCCAAGCCUCAGGCCAGGCAGUCCCCAGCAAGACCUGAUGUCGCUGCCUUGUUUAGGAAGCUCAGGGUGCCCUCCUGGCCCUGCUCUCUCUGGAUGGAUGGACCCCCGGGGCUGACAGGCUCAACCCACCUCGCCGGACCCUCCACGGCGCAGCUCUGCCUCCCUCUAGCUCUGUUUGAUUGUUCCUUCCCCCCCGUGGGGGCUGGCAAGCUCCCCUUUCCUGCUGGAAUUCCAGUGGGUGGGGGUGAGGGGGGUGAAGCUGGGUCAGCCAGUCACUUGGCCUUCACCUUCUGUCUGCUGGAGGAACGUGCCCCCCCC